UAAUCCUCCAAAUAAAUGAGUUUUAAAAGAGGAGAUGUACGCCAUGACUUCGAAGCCUAGUGUCCAUAUAAUAAGAAACAUUAAAUGCCCUUCAGUAAAUUGUGGUUCCACAUUACCAAAGGAUGCAAAGACAAGAGAGAAAAGGGUAUUCUUUACAAUCUAUUUAGGUCAUAAAUAUGACACUUGCCCAUAUAAUUGUUUACAUAUCAUUAUUAAAUCUGGAAUGGAGAGACAUAUUGCUCAAUGUAGAUAUAACUAAUUGGAUACAAAAAAGGCAGAGGAAGCUGAUUUAUUCAAAGAAAUGCAACUUGUUGCUGCUCAAUAAUUCAGCAACAAUCCUCCCGAAAAGAGUGUCCCUUAAAUUUAAUAAUAAUAAUAAUAAUAAUAGAGUAAGCAUUAUAAUAAACCUCAAAAUGAAAUCCCAGAUUGGAGAAGGGCUUUUGAGGGAGACAGCGAUCUUGAAGACGACAUUAAAGAAAUCAAUGAAAUCAGCUAUCAAAAUUACGAUGACGAAUUAGAUGAUUCUUUUAAAAUUAAUAAAUCCUCAUCAGUCUUCUCCAGAAGUUUCUAGUCAUCUGCUGCAAAGGAGAAGCAAUAAAAUGAUGACAAUGAUAGUUAUUAUUAUUGAAAC